CCCCGCCCGCUCGCCCACUUCCGGCGGCCCUGCGGAGGCGCUCUGGCUCGGGCGCCCGUGGCGGCGGCGGCGGCGGCGGCGGGAUGGAGGAGAGCGAGUGGCGCAGCGCCAACUUCCGGCAGAAGCUGGUCAGCCAGAUUGAAGAUGCCAUGAGAAAGGCUGGCGCUGCUCACACUAAGACCAGCAAAGAAAUGGAAAACCACGUUUUCAUGAAGGCCAAAACGCGGGACGAAUAUCUCUCUCUCGUGGCAAGACUCAUCAUCCAUUUCCGGGAUAUUCACAACAAGAAGUCUCUGGCCUCCGUCAGCGACCCAAUGAAUGCACUGCAGAACCUGACGGGGGGUCCUCCAGCAGGACCAGGGGCAAUGGGGAUGGCUUCUCGUCCUCAGGGGGCCUCCCUGGCUGGGAUGAGUGGGCUUGGGCCCCCCAUGGGACAGCCGAUGAAUCUCCCAGGGCAGCAGCAGCCUGGACCUGCUGGGAUGGCCCUUCACGGCAUCCCCAACAUCCCUGCCACCAGCCAGCCGACCCAGCUCCAGCUGCAGCAGAUGGCUGCACAGCAGCAGCAGCAGCAGUUCCAGCAACAGCAGCAGCAGGCUGCCCUGCAGCAGCAGCAGCAGCAGCAGCAGCAGCAGCAGCAGCAGCAGUUCCAGGCCCAGCAGUCAGUAAUGCAGCAACAGCAGUUCCAGGUGCAGCAGCAGCAGCAAGCAGCAGCAGUUGCACAGCAGCAAAUGCAGGUGGUGCAGCAGCAGCAGCAGCAGCAGCAAAUGCUCAAAUUGCAGCUGCAUCAACAAAGCCAGCAGCAGAUGCAGCAGCAGCAGCAACUGCAGCGAAUUGCUCAGAUGCAGCAACAGCUGCAGCAGCAGGCCGCUCAGGCCGCUCAGGCCCAGCAGCAGCAGCCACCGCCACAACCGCCACCUCAGCCACCCCCCCCACAAUCAAUGCAGCAGCAGGUGGCCCAGGCACCCUCCCAGUCGCUUCCUCCCCAGCCCAUGGUCUCCCAGGCCCAGACUGUUCCGGGACAGAUCCCUGGCCAGGUCUUGUCCAUGGCCAUCCUGCCCCAGCAGAUAAAAGCCAUGCAGGCCAGAGCUUUGCAACCAGCAGCAGCAGCAGCAGCAGCAGCAGCAGCAGCAGCAGCAGCAGCAGCAGCAGCAACAGGUGGCUUCCCAAGUCCAGGCUGCCCAGAUGGGAGCAUCCAGCCAGCUGUGGGGCUGCUGCCUUGCCAGAGCACCUGGCCUAAGGGAGGAUGUUGCCCGCGGGGGUCGCUGGUGGUGCUGACGGUGGUGGUGGUGCUCAGAAUGAUCACCGCAAGUAUGGCCCGAGGUGGGAUGCCAAUAAGACCACGGUUCCCGCCCACCACUGCUGUCUCUGCCACGCCUCCAAGCACCAUGCCUUUGGGUGGACCACAAAUGCCUCAGGUCAACCAGAGCAGUAUCACCAUGAUGUCUUCUCCGUCUCCUGUCCAGCAAGCCCAGACACCCCAGCCAAUGCCUCCCCCACCUCAGCCACAGCCUUCUCCUCAGUCUGGGCAGCCCAACUCCCAGCCCAACUCCAAUGUCAGUUCUGGCCCAGCCCCGUCUCCCAGCAGCUUCCUUCCCAGUCCAUCUCCGCAGCCUUCGCAGAGCCCAGCAGCUGCCCGCACACCGCAGAACUUCAGCGUCCCAUCUCCAGGGCCGCUUAACACACCAGGCAAUCCUAGCUCUGUCAUGAGCCCGGCCAGCUCCAGCCAGUCUGAGGAGCAGCAGUACUUGGAGAAGCUCAAGCAGCUGUCCAAAUACAUUGAGCCUCUGCGCAGGAUGAUCAACAAGAUUGACAAAAAUGAAGACAGGAAGAAGGACCUGAGCAAGAUGAAGAGCCUGCUGGACAUUCUGACGGAUCCUAAGAAGCGCUGUCCUCUGAAAACUUUGCAGAAAUGUGAAAUUGCUCUGGAGAAGCUUAAGAACGACAUGGCCGUGCCCACCCCUCCUCCCCCUGCAGUGCCUGCCACAAAGCAGCAGUAUUUGUGCCAACCGUUGCUGGAUGCUGUCCUUGCCAAUAUCCGCUCACCAGUCUUCAAUCAUUCCCUGUAUCGAACUUUCAUGCCAGCCGUGACUGCCAUCCAUGGUCCCCCAAUCAUGACUCCGGUGCCUUCCCCUCGGAAGCGGAAGUACGAAGACGACGAAAGGCAGACCAUCCCAAAUGUUCUGCAAGGGGAGGUGGCGAGAUUAAACCCCAAGUUCCUCGUGAACCUUGAUCCUGCCCACUGCAGCAACAAUGGCACAGUCCAUCUCAUCUGCAAGAUAGAUGACAAGAACCUUCCGAGCGUCCCCCCGCUGCAGCUCAGCGUCCCAGCUGACUACCCAGACCAGAGCCCCCUCUGGAUUGACAACCCUCAGCAAUACGAAGCAAACCCUUUCCUGCAGUCGGUGUAUCGCUACAUGAUGUCCAAAUUGUUGCAGCUGCCAGACAAGCACUCAGUCACCGCCCUCCUCAACACCUGGGCCCAGAGCAUCCGGCAGGCCUGCUUGUCUGCUGCUUGACCAGCCAGUCUCGCCAGCUGGGCACUGGAAGCAAGAGCCUUCAUGGGCUCAGACCUGGCUUUCCUGCUUGCAUUGCUUCUGCCUUUGGUGGCUGGCCAGGCUCUUGACGCCCAUGGGAAUUUACAGUUUUCAGGGGAGGGUUAAAAAUGCCUUUGUAGAGAAGAGCUUGGGAAAGCGAACUCGGUCCCUCGUGGAAAGAUGGACAGCUGGUCCAGCGUCAGCCCUGCCCUCGGUCAGCAGGAGGACCCACUGCGCUCUGCUUCUCACAAGGCAUCAAGUGGGGGCUGGCGAGGGUCUGCCAGGGAUCAGGACUGUUGGUUCAGGCAGAAACUCCUGCUUUCAGCGCUCCAGCUGAUGUCUCUGACAUUUCAGUUUCAGGAAUGGGACUGUUUGGGCACAGUUCUCCACCUUUCUGAAUGUUGGCAUUGUUAAAACAGCAUCUCGGAUGCUGCCCCUUCUGUCAAUCUCUGAGCACUCUGCCAUUUUGAAGAUUUUCAAGUAAUUACUUUGCAAGUUGCUGAUUAAUUGUAGUACAACAGGCGCGAUCUUUCAGACAUGAAUCAUUGCAUUUGUUUUAUUGUAAUAAAUCUAUUGUUACAGUA